CCCACAUUGGGUGUCGUCCCACUCCACCUCCCUCAUGACUUUUUUUGUGCCCACCCGACGAACAUGUCCGCUUUGUCCACGGCCCCUAUGCCAUUGAGAUAGCGCCUCCAUGGUGGAACCAACAAUAAGACAUACUGCGUUCCUAUUCUGCUGUGUGAGCCACGGAUCUGGUGGCAGCUGGCUUUCUUUUUCACCACCCGAUGAGCAUUGGAUACCUUACAUUCUUGUGCCGAACAGUCUUGCAAAGACAUUGAAAAGCCAACCACCCCCACCACUCUCCUGCAAGGGCAUUGGCAAGAGCCAGGUGCUCUAUGUCAUCUACAACAGCCAACAGAGGGAGACUGCGGCCCCGGUAAAAAAAAACGACAUUCACUGGCUGAGUCGCACACCACGGAUCUGCCUGCCUGCCAAUUGCACGCCAGUGAUCAGACACCCCCUUCCCAAUGCUUUCUCCGAGCACCCCACAUGAGCAGCCAUUUGAGAUCGCAUCCCUGUCGCUGAGUCCGUCUUUUUUGCGUGAUCCCGCCCCUUUCCAUUAUCUAGCACCAAUAAUCC